GCGCAACGGCAAAGCGAGGUGCAGUAGCAGCAGUGGUCUGGCUGAUGGGGCAACGUCGGGCCUAUCCUCCGACGAAGUGCCACACAGCAUCUAACGCAAGGACAAGGAAGCCUUCACGAACUCUGUGCGGGGAGGGGGGCUUCAACGCUGAUGUGUUUUGGUUAUUUCUCUGCCUACACUCUCUGUCACAACUGCAUGCUGAGAUCAUUUUACAGCCGAACCAACUUUACAACGUCUGAAAAUUACGACUACUCCGGUCGCAAUACCACUUCACACAUUCACAACAACGGAUCUGCUGUCGAUCUCCAGUUCAUAACUUGGAAAUAAAAUGUGCAUACUCAUCGAUCUUCGCGCGCUCCGUGCGCCAGCUGUUGAUCGGAUGCUCCUGGUUUGCGUAGCCCACAGCGAUACCACACCAAAUAACUUCGGUCUCUGGAUCCAUCUGCGUGAUAACCUUCUCCACAGCUGCGUGAUUGACGCCAAAAUAUCCUUGGAAGCAUGUUGAGAGCCCCGCCUCCUCGCAAAGUAAAGCGAAUGUUGCCAGGUACAUGCCAACGUUUCCCCAACCACAACGAUCGAACAUUCGGUCGAGGGUGACAAUAAUUCCAACUGGGGCGUUAAAGAACGAUCCAUUUUUCUGCAACUGCUGCAACUUCCCAGGCAGGUCCUCCUUCGCGACAUUGAUCGACUUGUACAACAUUUCUCCGCACACCUUUCGACGCUGGCUGUAAAUCGUCUUGCGGAAAUGUUGCAUACGCUCGUUGGUUUUCUUAGUGAGCUCCGCAUCAUCAUAGACGAUGUGGCUGCUAGCUUUCUGAUCGGGGUAAUUAUAUAUUCUGAAACGGCCACGCGAAGAUUGGACUUCUGCACAGCGUCCACAACAGCGUCCUUGGCGGCCCCGCUCAGCACGUACAUGCGCCAUGGCUGCGUGUUCCCAUCCGAAGACGCCCUGGAAGCCUUGGUCAAAAUCUCGCGCAACAGCGCCUCGUCAGGCACUUUGUCUGGAAUGAAAUCCCGGCAGCUAUAUCGCUGCGCCACGACCUGCGUCACUGAUGCCAUUCCAGGGGAUUUGAGCAAGAACAACUGCAUAAACAUAAGCUUUCGGAAGUCCGCGCCAAUUUCUUGGACGAGCGCUGGACCCCCUCCCUGGCGUGCGGAGCGCGCCAGGGGUAGCGCUGGAGGCGCCGCCAGGGGGUCCAGCGCCGAUCGAAGAAAUUCACGCGGACCUAAGCAAGCUCAUGCUUACAUAAGUGCUUAGUCUUCUUCUUCUUCUUCGAGGGAAAGGGCGUCGCACUUGCCCGCAAGUGACAAUAUCAACACUCAAAGACUACGAGGGCAUGGGCCGAACUUCUACGUAACGCAACUGCACGGCCCCGACCAUCCACAACUAUAGACUACAAUCUACAAGUGGGACGCGUAUGGCCUUCCAAACCUCGACGACCGUAACGCGCCCUUCGAAAUCUGAAAACCAUCCGCCGUCUACCUGCAGUGGUGGUGC